CUCGCAGGUGACGAAUUAUGCUGCGCCAGUGAACUCGUACCGGUGAUCGAUGUGCUGCUGCUCCUCGGUAUCGCGCCUUGUAAAGGAAGCUGAACGCUCUCAACUUGAUUUGACGUUUGAAGUGAACCCGCAUUGAAUUCAGUAUGUUCAACGUGGAAGAUCGUAUCCGGAUAUUGAAAGGUCGCGUUCACAUUGUUUUUCUUUCGUGCUGUUGUCACUGGUAAACCCUUGAAGGAUGAGCCACAGCGCGGUGCCGUCAGACAAAGCAUCCUGCUCGUACAAGUCGAGAAAAUGCCCGAAUCCUCGCGCCGUGAAACGCAAUGGCCGCGUGCACACCCUGUGCGAGUACCACCGCGCGCGUCAAAACGAGCAUCAGCGAAAGAGCGAUCGGAAACACAAAGACACGAAACAUGCGAGGCAGUUGAUGAAGCAGUGCGGUGAGUCCAACAAUGCUGCGCACAACCACCAUCAUAACUGUGGCGACGUGGCCGACGACGCCAAACCGUACCCAAUCAUGACGACGCAUAUCGCCGCCUCCGACGCUUCGCUUCCAUCCAAUGCGCCAGAGGGGGUCCUCUAUGGAAUCCUCCACAAAGACUUGUCCUUUCGCGAAGCCAUGGAGCUGAACGAAGCGCUUCGAGCAGUCACUGCUUCCCCCGGGCUGAUGUGAACUGAUGACACCAACUCUGUCGACCAAUGUAAAAUAUAAACACACCCGUCUUCUCCA